AUGUCCUCUUAUGUUAAAAUUCCUUCGCACCUUAAACCUUCCGAUCCACAGGGUUCGGAUUUAUUGGCCCAAGAACGAGCUACGGUUACGUUCGAUGUAAAAAAACUUACCCUUUUUUUGUAUGGUAAAAAGAAUUUGGACCGUUAUCAUGAAAUUUUAAGGAUAGUUGAGAAUGACCCUGCUUUCGAUAAAACAAAUGUGUAUUUUAUGGGACGAAAUGAAUUAUUUAAACAUGCGUUAAAAAAGGAAAAAAGGCUAGUCCAAUUAAUUAAAGAAAACGAAUGGAAAGUAGAACAAAUUCAAUUCGCUGAAUGGUUCCUUGAUAUGCCGGGACCGUUUGGCGUUCAUCGAGGAAUGUUUAUACCAACUUUAAUUAGUCAAGGAACGGAAGAACAAAAGAAGGAAUUUCUUAUUCCGGCUUUGCAAUAUAAAAUUCUUGGAUGCUAUGCGCAAACUGAAUUAGGUCACGGUUCCAAUGUCCAAGGAUUGGAGACAACCGCCAUUUACAUCUCAGAAACUGAUGAAUUCGAAAUACAUUCUCCUUAUUUGACGGCUUCAAAAUGGUGGAUUGGAGGUUUGGGAAAAACUGCUAACCAUGCGAUAGUUAUGGCUCAGCUGAAAAGUAAUGGGAAAACCUAUGGUCCUCAUCUUUUUGUCGUUCAGAUUCGAGACAUGGAAACGCAUCAGCCUUUGCCUGGCAUUACAAUCGGAGAUAUUGGUCCUAAAUUUGGUUUUAAUUCUAUCGAUAAUGGAUUCGUUCUCUUUGAUCAUGUCCGAAUUCCACGAUUCAAUAUGCUUUCCAAAUUCUCGCAAAUCAAAAAGGGGACAGGAGAAUACAUAAAUCCCCCGAACGAUAAAUUAUCUUAUGGCAGCAUGGUAUUGGUUCGUGCCAUAAUCAUUUCGAGUGUGCGUUUCGCACUCGGGCGCGCUGCCACGAUUGCAAUUCGCUAUUCUGCUGUACGAAGACAAUUUGUCGACAAGGAGGAACCAAAAAAAUUGAAAGAUGGUCGUGUAGUAGAAACUUCCAUAUUGGAUUAUACAAUGCAACAAUAUCGAUUGUUCCCUGUAGUUGCUCAAGCAUACGCGUGUAUCUUUACGGCCAAAGCCAUGACCGAUCAAUACGCAGAAUACACGACAAUGAGUUUUGUUGGGGACUAUUCUCUGUUAACAGACUUGCACGCUUCAAGUUCAGGUUUGAAAUCCUUGACAACUACAAUGGCGGUAGACUCGAUUGAAGAAUGUAGGAGAGCGUGUGGUGGUCAUGGUUAUUCAAGUUUUAGCGGUUUUGUCAAAUUUUAUCAAGACUAUUUACCAAAUACAACUUGGGAAGGUGAUAACUAUAUCUUGACUCAACAGACCGCUCGUCAUACGAAACAUUUUGCUCAAUUUGAAUUCGCUUAUUUACAGCUCUUUAAAACUUUUCGUAAAAUUUUAUCGAGCAAAGGUGCUGAAGCGCACGCGUUUCAAUCUGAAAAGAAUCAAAUGGCAUACAUCCUACAAUAUCUUAAUGACCCGAAUCAUAAAUGUACGGCGACAACAAAUUUGGAUUUUAAAAAUCCCGAACUUCAAUUGAGAGCGUUUGGCCAUCGAGCGGCCUAUUUAAUUGCAAAUGCAGUGGAUCAAAUCGAUAAUCACAAUAGAACAUGGAAUUCCAUGCUGAUCGAGAUCAACAGAAUAUCACGUGCACACUGUCAAUAUCUAAUGAUACGAAAUUUUAUACUUGCGAUGCAAAACUCACGUCAAAGCGAAGAUGAAGGGCUACGAAUGUUACAUGGCAUUCCUUCAUUAAAAGAGGCCAUGUUAUCCAUUUGUAAUCUAUUCGCAUUACACACGAUGGAAAAGGACUUGGGGGAUUUUAUGGAAUGUGAAUAUUUAAUUCCAUCACAAGCGAAAUUGUUGAAAGCUCAAAUUUAUAAUUUGUUAAAAGAAAUUAGGCCAAAUGCUGUUGGACUGGUCGAUGCAUUUCUUAUUCCGGACUUUUUGUUACUUUCGGCUAUUGGGAGGUAUGAUGGAAAAGUUUACGAGACUAUGAUCGAUUGGGCCUCCAAGGAACCCUUAAAUGGUAUCACUUUGAAUGUUAAUCCUGAUAGUGAUGUAUUAUUUAGAAACGAAAAAAGUUAUGAAAUAAAGGCUAAACUUUAA